UUGGCUUUGGUCCAAGGGACAGGGAGCAGUUGUCUUUGGUCCCCAUUCUCCAGUAGCAUCGUUCUGCUGCUAUGGUGCCGAUCCAUGCUAUGCACCCUCAGCCUGAUGAGGGGACACCUAAACAAAGUGACCAGCCGACCAAGAUGCUAAUCGUGCUAGACAGUGAGGACAGUGAGGAAGAGUCCAUUGAAGAGCAGCAGCCGGUUACGCCAUGGAAUGACCUGUGUAUUAUAGAUCGCGUAGGCUUCACCAGUGCUAAGAUGUCAGAGGAACAAGUGGAGAAUGCAUUCUCCCAGAUUGCGCUGGCCUUUCGUAGUGACCAGUACACCCUGAAGCAGAGGCUGCAGGCAGAGGAGCAUGCUAGGAACCUGGCUGAGGAGAACAUCCAGCUGGAGCUGAUGAGAGGCCGGGAGACACUGGAGACUCUAAAGGCUCUGUGUCUGGACAGUAUACGCAGUAAGAUCCUCCAGAGACUAGAGCUGUGUCUGGAUAUACUGGGAGGAACAGUGGAGAGAAUCUCCAACACAGCAGAGGUGUUGGGAGCUGUACAUCAGGAGGCACGUGUGAGUCGAGCGGUGGAGCUGAUGGUGAGCCACGUUGACAACCUGAAGAGGCGUAAUGAGAGAGACACAGAGCUGGACGAGACCAAGAAACUCAACAGGAAAAUCCUCCGUAGGAACUACAGCGACCCUAGAGAUGAAGGAGAGUUCAGGCAGAAGGACAAUAAAACCUCUCAGCAGUUGCACAUUGGUGCAAGUCGUCGAAGGGUCAGCAUAGCAGUGAUCAACAAACAAGCCCAGGAAAAGAGAAAAUUGGAAAGAGGGCUGCAGAAGUCAUUCUCAUUAGAUCAUGGGAUAGGCAAGAAGUCACUCUCAACCCCAUCUCCAUCAAUGGACUGCAUCACAGAGUCCAACCCUUCAGUCAUGGUCAAGACAGAAGAGAUGGAUGUUCCCUUACUGGAUGGCAGACCACAUGAAGCCCCUGAUGAUAACAAACAAGCAGUCGCUGCUGAUGUCCAGUCACCACCUGAACCAGACCCCACUCCAGUCUAUACAGCACCCUGUCCCACUCUCACACACAAGCCAAACGAAGUGGACACCAAGAAAAACAGCAUGAGGUGCAGACAUAAAGGCAAGGCUGCGCUGGAGAGGACGGAGAGGAGGAAAGGGAACAGAGAGAAAACAAUGGCACACACCGACCAAUGCAUCACCGGAACGUGUGGCCCUAUGUGCAGAGGGCGCCCCCUGGCCCCCUGGAUGUGGCACUGCCGCUGGGUUGUCCUCAGUGUGUAUCUGGUAGUGCUCUGCUGUGUGAUACUACUGAUCAUCCUUUUCUGGCUCGGUCCUGAACGUCUGCUGUGAGCUGAUGAGAUUUAACACAAACACUUCCUGAAGGAGACAGACAAAGCACUUCCUGGUUCUGACCUGGCUUCUGAUUGGUCAUUGAACAGCUUCACCCAAUAAACAUUCCUGAAA